AUGUCAACUAGUCAAAAUACCCAAUCAACCCAAGACACUGCAACUGCCUUUGAGGCCGACGAACUGAAAAGAUAUCGCAAGUACUGGUGGAAAACUGGCAAAUUGCACUCGAAGGCCAGGUGGGAAGAGGCAAU